UGUGAGCAGCGGGACAGGUCAUGUGUAGAUCAGCGCUGCUAAAUCUCACAGCAGUAAAUCCUUUAGGCUGACAUGUCUUACUGACGACAACUUUCAGGAAAUACAAACAGGUGGACGAGCACAAUGACCGGCGGACUGCCGUCAGACGGCACCAUGGAUGACAACAAGAUGAACCAGUCCAACGUUAAAGUGGCAGUUCGUGUGCGACCCAUGAACAGAAGAGAAAAAGAUCUGAAGGCAAAGUGUGUGGUAGAAAUGGAUGCCAGUCAGACAAUCCUGAAUCCUGCCAUGACAACGCUGAGCAAAGGAGACCCUCGGAAUCAGCCAAAAGUGUUUGCCUACGAUCACUGUUUCUGGUCCAUUGAUGAAACUCAGAAGGACAAGUUUGCAGGACAAGAAGUCGUGUUCCAAUGCCUUGGCGAGAGUUUGCUUGACAACGCCUUCAUGGGGUACAACGCCUGCAUCUUUGCUUACGGGCAAACAGGUUCUGGGAAGUCGUACACCAUGAUGGGUUCUGCAGAGCAGCCUGGUCUCAUCCCUCGCCUGUGCAGCUCCUUGUUCUCCAGGACUGUGCAGGAGGCUCGGGAUGGAGAGAGCUUCACUGUGGAGGUUUCCUACAUGGAGAUCUACAACGAGAAGGUCCGGGACCUGCUGGACCCAAAAGGUAGAAGCCGCCAAGCGCUGAGGGUGAGGGAGCACCAGGUCCUGGGGCCUUAUGUCGAUGGUCUGUCUCGUCUGGCUGUGGCUAACUACAAGGACAUCGAGUGUCUGAUGUCAGAGGGAAAUAAAUCUCGCACGGUGGCCGCCACUAACAUGAAUGAAGAGAGCAGUCGGUCUCAUGGCGUGUUCAACAUCACCCUCACACACACACUGAUGGACCUGCAGUCAGGGACCAGCGGGGAGAAGGUGAGCAAGCUGAGUCUGGUGGACCUGGCAGGAAGUGAGCGUGCAGCCAAGACCGGGGCGGCCGGAGAACGGCUGAAAGAAGGAAGCAACAUCAACAAAUCUCUCAGUACUCUGGGUUUAGUGAUCUCAGCCUUGGCGGAGCAGAGUGCAGGGAAGACCAGGGGCAAGUUUGUCCCCUACAGGGACUCGGUGCUCACCUGGCUGCUGAAGGACAGUCUGGGGGGGAACAGCCGCACGGCCAUGGUGGCCACCAUCAGCCCGGCGGCAGACAACUACGACGAGACCUUGUCCACGCUGCGCUACGCCCACCGCGCCAAAAGUAUCGUCAACCACGCGGUGGUCAACGAAGACCCCAACGCCAGAAUCAUCAGGGAGCUGCGAGAGGAAGUGGAAAAACUAAGGGAGCAGCUCACUGAGGCCGAGUCGAUGAAGGCUCCCGAGCUGAAGGAGCGACUGGAGGAGUCUGAGAAACUGAUCCAGGAGAUGACGGUGACGUGGGAGGACAAACUCCGGAAGACUGAGGCUGUCGCACAGGAGCGACAGAAGCAGCUGGAGAGUUUGGGCAUCUCCUUGCAGUCGUCUGGCAUCCGAGUGGUGCAUGACAAGUGCUUCCUGGUCAACCUGAACGCUGACCCCGCCCUCAAUGAGCUGCUGGUCUACUACCUGAAGGAGCACACGCGGGUGGGCUCAGCCACAUCUCAGGACAUCCAGCUGUGUGGCAUGGCCAUCCAAGCCCAGCACUGCGUCCUGGACAUCACACCAAACGACGGCGUGGUGCUCACACCUCACUGCAACGCCAGAACCUGGGUGAACGGUGCUGUGGUCAGCAGCCCGGUGCGGCUUCAUCACGGAGAUCGCAUCCUGUGGGGGAACAACCAUUUCUUCAGGAUCAACCUGCCCAAGCAUUUGGCCCACACGGCGGGUGAGGAGGACGAGGAGGAGGGCGGGGCGAGAAUGAAGAGCUGUUUAGGUCCAGACCAGCUGGAGGUGGACUUUGACGCGUCGAGUGACGUCUCCAGUGAAGCAGGCUUUGAGUUUGCUCAGGCCGAGGUCAUGAUGAAAGGAAUGGCCAGCGACGAUCCCUUGCAGUCGGUGUUACAGACCCUGGAGAGACAGCACGAGGAGGAGAAACGCUGCGCCUUGGAGCGUCAGAGGUUGAUGUACGAACAGGAACUGCAGCAACUCCGCCAACGACUCCACCCUGAAAGAUCUUCUCAUCUCCUGGACUUGUCAGGCUCUCCUCCUAAUGCCACUGCACCAUCAGCUGGCUCCAACAAACGCAUGCGGCGCUGGAGCGAAGACAGAGAGGCAAUGAUUACUCGGAGCCUUCGACGUCUGAAGGAGCAGAUCGUCCGGGCCAACCUGUUGGCUCAGGAGGCCUGUUUUAUUACGGAGGAGCUGAACAAGAGGACGGAGUACUUGGUGACUUUGCAGAUACCAGCUGCCAAUCUGGAUGCCAACAGGAAGCGUGACAUGGUGCUGAGCGAGCCCGCCAUUCAGGUGCGCCGCAAAGGCAAAGGCAAGCAGAUCUGGGCCAUGGAGAAGAUGGAGAACCGUCUGGUGGACAUGAGGGAGCUCUACCAGGAGUGGAAGGACUUUGAUGAAGACAGCGCUGUCAUGCGCUCCUAUUUCAAACGGGCUGACCCCUUUUUUGACGAGCAAGAGAACCACAGCCUGAUUGGGGUGGCCAAUGUCUUCCUGGCGUGUCUCUUCUACGACGUCAAGCUGCAGUACGCCGUUCCCAUCAUCAACCAGAAGGGGGAGGUGGCGGCUCGGCUCCAUGUGGAGGUGUGGCGAGGAACUGAAGGCCUGGAGGAGCAAGGUCCUCUGCAGGGUAUAGCUGAUGGAGACCUUCAGGAGCGCAACUUCAACUGUGUGGUGAAGAUCCUCCAGGCCACUGGUCUUCCUCGUCACCUGUCCAACUUCGUCUUCUGCCAGUUCCACUUCUGGGGUCAACAGGAGCCAACCUUCAUAGCUCCAGAGCUGACCCCUUCCCUCUCGCCCACUGCCUCCAGAGACCCCCAGUGCAGCGUGGUCUUUGACAUCUCCAAGGAGCUGUCCGUGCCCGUGUCCGAGGACUUCCUGGAGCACUUGUCUGAGGGUGCGCUGGCUAUCGAGGUGUACGGUCACAAGCAGGCCAACCACCGCAGGAACCUGGCACUGUGGGACCUGGCUGUGAUUCAGGCCAAGACCCGCUCGCUCAGAGAGAGGUGGAGCGAGGUGACUCGCCGACUGGAGGUGUGGGUGCAGGUGAUGGAGCUGAACGACGCAGGAGAGUUCACAGCCGUAGAAGUUCUUCCCGCUAAGGACGUGCGCACCGGUGGAAUCUUUCAGCUGAGACAGGGUCAGUCCCGUCGCAUUCAGGUGCAGGUGUGUCCGGUGCCGGACUCUGGCACCAUGCCCCUCAUCUGCAGCUCCAUCCUCUCGGUGUCCAUCGGAGAUGUCAAGGUCCAAAGUACAGCAAAAGGCAGAGACUCCCACUCGGUCCAGACCGAAGACAUGGACAGCUACCAGGAAGUGGAUGUGGAAAGGAUGAGGAGACAAUGGCUGGCCACGCUCACGCAGAGACAGGAGUACCUGGACCAGCAGCUCCACAAGAUCCUGUCCAAAGCAGAUAAAUCUGAGGAUGAUUUGGAGAGGGAGUCCCAGCUGCUGGAGUGUCGUCUGACGCUCACUGAGGAACGUAACGCCGUGUUGGUGCCGUCGGCCGGCAGUGGCAUUCCUGGAGCACCAGUCGAAGGAGUUCCUGUACCUGGCAUGGAAACACACAUUCCAGUCCUCUUCCUGGACCUCAGUGCCGACGAUUUGCAGUCCAGUCUUUCAGUCCCUCUGGGUGGGGGGCUGGAUGCGUACCUCGACGAGGAGUUCGAAGACGACUUCUUUGACCUUCACAUCGUCAAACAUUGCGACUCGGAGGUGAAGGUGGAGGCAUCCUGGGACUCCACAGUCCACGAGUGCCCCCAGCUCAGCCGCGUGGCCACAGGUGAGCAGAGAGUCUACCUGACGAUCCGCGUCGUGCUGGAGUUAAGUCACCCCGCCCACAUGCAGCUCGUCCUCAGGAAGCGCAUCUGUGUUCAUGUCACUGGGAGACAGGGUUUUGCCCAGAGUCUCCUAAAGAGGAUGUCCCAGCGCAGCCCGAUCCCAGGGUGUGGCGUCACCUUUGAAAUAGUCUCCAACAUACCAGGGGACUACCACGGUCCGGAGGACAGAGAGAUGCUAGCUCGGUUAGCGGCCAGCGCGGAUGACGAGCAGUCAGCUGACAGCGAGGCGGCCAUUGAGAAAUAUCUGCGCAGCGUCCUGGCUGUGGAGAACAUCCUCACGCUGGACAGACUGCGACAGGAGGUAGCAGUCAGGGAACAGCUGGCAGGCAGAGGGAAAACUCCAAGACGCUGUCUCAGCUCGCCAAACGUCAACCGGCUUUCUGCCAGCACUUUGGAUGUCUUCUCUUCAACUUGCAAACUCCAUGACUUCCAGGUCUGGGAGACUGACCAGGACCUCUCUGCUCCUCCUCAGUCCAGACGCACCAUGUCCACUUCAGGAUCAGAAACAAUGAAGGCCAUGCCCACGCUGCAGAAGUCACUGCUUCCUGGUGGCAAAGAAGAUGUCAGAGAGCAUCAGCAGAAUGUGCCUGAUAUCAUUGUGCAGUCAGCCAGUGUUGAAGAGGGCAUGAGCGCCUGUCUUUUGGCUCCUUCUCAGGAAAUCGUCUCAACAGAAAGUCCCAAAGCUUUGCCGCUUCCUUCACCAACCAUCCCAGAGAUAGAAGAUUGUACUUUGAACGAAGCGUCCAGCAGAUACACGUUCACCAGUACGUCCAACGGCAUGCCGACCGGUACAUCCACCGGCACGCCCGGCAGUACUUCCACCGGUACGCCCGCCGGUAUGUCCGGCAGUACGUCCCCUGGCACGUCCGGCAGUACGUCCACCGGUACGCCCGCCAGUACGUCCGGCAGUACUUCCACUGGCACGUCCGGCAGUACGCCCGCCGGUACGUCCACCGGUACGCCCACCGGCACGUCCGCCGGUACGCCCGCCGGUACGCCCGCCGGUACGUCCGGCAGUACGUCCCCUGGCACGCACGCCAGUACGUCCCCUGGCACGCCCGCCAGUACAUCCACCGGUACGCCCGCCAGUACGCCCGCCAGUACGCCCGCCGGUACGCCCGCCGGUACGUCCACCGGUACGCCCACCAGUACGCCCACCAGUACGUCCACCGGUACGCCCUCCAGUACGUCCACCGGCACGUCCGCCAGUACGCCCGCCGGUACAUCCGGCAGUACGUCCCCUGGCACGUCCGGCAGUACGUCCACCGGUACGCACGCCAGUACGUCCACCGGUACGCCCACCAGUACGUCCGGCAGUACGUCCACUGGCACGUCCGGCAGUACGCCCGCCGGUACGCCCACCAGUACGUCUACCGGCACGUCCGCCAGUACGUUCACCGGCAUGCCGACCGGUACAUCCACCGGCACGCCCACCAGUACGCCUGGCAGUACGUCCACCAAUACACUGUCAGACAUCUACACACUUAGCUGGGAUCUUCCUCCACUGCCGGUUCAGGGUGCGGAUGAGGCAGGAAAUAAAGUCCCACAGCAAUCCGACAGCAAUGUUGGACCUCAUGAGAACCAUUCAGAACCUGCGGCGAGAUCAGUCCUGCCACAGUCAAAACCAAAAGAGCCUUCAAAUCACCCAAAAACAAAUCCAUCGCCAUUAGUCCAAGAAGGAGAAGAACUUGAUCCAUUUGUGGAGUCCAAGAGUCCAGAACAAUUAGAGGCUGACUCUGUGGACUCGGAACAACUCGCUAGUUCACUCCUAGCACUGGAGAACAAAACCAAACCAGAAGAACCUCCGCAAACAGACUCAAAACCAAAGACCUGCGUUACAGAAAGUGUUCAAAUGGAUGUAAAAGAAUCCACUAAACCAAUUCAGAAAGAAUCCGAGAGGAAGAAAAAGGCCAAACAAAGUCCUGCUUCAGUCUUGACCCAGAUGUCCAAUGAACUGAAGAGUUCUGAUCCACUAUCUUCAUCCCAGGACCAAACCAGUACCAAAGCCUCAGGCUCCAAAGCACCCUCUUUCCCAGCAUCGUGGUCCACUGAGGAGGUCCCCCUGGAAGCUGAGCCCAGUGUUCAAACCUCAAAAGCAGCCAACACCUUCAAAAUCCAAAAAGUACAAUCGUCAGACAUCAAGUCCUUCCAGCGGAUCUUCAGUGAGCCAGAAAACCAACCAGGUCAGACAGAGCAGGUUAGCGGUUCUGAGAAGUCGGAACUAGAUCUAUCUGAGUCUUUGGAGCUGGUCUUGGACUGUGAGGACGGAGAAGCGACCGCUUCUCUCUCCAUCCCUGAUUGGCUGAAAGAAGGAGCGUUUGUGAGCGUCGGGACCAAUAAAAGCGGCACAGUGCGCUACGUGGGACCCACAGACUUUGCAGACGGGAUCUGGGUGGGAGUCGAACUGGAGGUCCCUGCAGGAAAGAAUGACGGUUCUGUUAGUGGCAAGCACUACUUCCACUGUAACCCUGGUUACGGAGUCCUCGUACGGCCGGACCGGCUGAAUCCUGGCGGCGCCAAACGCCGGCGCCAGCAUCACAAGCGUCGCAGUGCUAAUUUAUCAGGAUCCGCCUCCAACUUGGCGGCUCUCACCACUCUCGCCAAAGGUGAUGGUACAACCACAUCUACACCCACAUCUACAUCCACAUCUACAUGUACAUCUACAUCUGCUUGCAACAGCGGCGAAGAACACAAGUCUUGAUAGAGUCAAACAUGAAUGAUUGAAGACAGUACAACUACUUCCAGGUACAACCAUCUAUGUAAACUAGUCCUGUGUGUAUUAGUCCUACAUCUGUGUGUACUAGUCUUACAUCUAUGUGAACUAGUCAUGUGUGUACUAGUUCUACAUCUGUGAACUAGUCCUACAUCUAUGUAAACUAAUCCUGUGUACCAGUGCUGUGUACUAGUUCUACAUUUAUGUGAACUAGUCCUGUGUGUACUAGUCAUACAUCUAUUUGAACUAGU